CUUUCAGCUUUUGGUUUUGGUUUCGCUGAAUUAUCUCAGCCCCCCACAGCUGGGUGGGAGCAGAGGGGGUUUAUCAGGGGGCUCCUGGGAGAAAAUCUGGACCCAGGCCCAACCACCCCCGCUAUAAAAAGCCGGAGCAGCCCCGUGUCCCCUGUGCAGGAGCUCAGGGGGGGCCGGGAGCAGCACCCAGACCCCACACCCAGCACAGGGCACAGUCCCUCCCAGAGGAAGCGGCCGCGGCCCCGCCUGCGUCCUCACAGUGUCUGGGGGGUCCCUGGAGAGUCUCUGCCCACCAUGGAGCUCCUGCUGCUGGUGCUGGUGCUGCUGACCACCACCCUGACCAGCGGCAUCAAGGAGCUGGCGCUGGACGUGGCCCCCGACGCCUUCGAUGACCAGUACUGGGGCUGCCGGGACGAGAUGCUGAAGGCGCUGCCGAAGCUCAACCGCUCCGAGUUCACCACCAACCGCGUCUACUCCCGAGCCUGGGCCGAGGCCGCUGCCGGCUGGGGGCCGUCCCGGGGGUCCCGGGGGUCCCGCCUGCGGCAGGACCAGGGCAUCGCCCUCCGGGCGUUCGCGCUGCGCACGGAGCUGUACGAGCAGUUCAACAGGGCUGUGCCCCGGGCCGGGAGCUCCCCCCAGGAAUAUCUGGAGAGAUUUGACUUCAAGGUGCUGCAUUUCCUGCUGACCACGGCCCUGGAGGACCUUCACGAUGCCCCGACCCACCCCCGCUGCCUCCACGUGUUCCGGGGCAUGGACUGUGUCCGCUUCACUGCCCAGCCCGGCGACGUCGUCCGCUUCGGCCACUUCGCCUCCGCCUCCCUCAACAGAACUGUGGCCGAGCAGUUCGGCACCGACACCCUCUUCGAGCUGGACACCUGCCACGGCGCCGAAAUCUGGGAAUUCUCCGACCACCCCGAGCAGCAGGAAGUUCUCAUCCCGCCCUUCGAGACCUUCAGUGUCACCAGUGUCACCCAGCGAGGGGACAAACCCCACAUCCUGCUCCGCUCCCUCGGCGUGCACAGCAAGUACAACUGUGCCUAUCCCUCAGGUGACAGCCCUGGGGGGGGACAGCCAUGGGGGGGGUGGGCACGGGGGGGGGCACCAGGGCACCGGCUCUGCUGGGACAGGGGGGUCACUGGUGGGGCAGGGGAUGGGGGGGGGGGGACUUGGCAUCACAGAGCUCCAGCUGCUCUCCUGGGAUGGGAUGGGAUGGGAUGGGAUGGG